CUCUGGCGCUCCCCCUCCCCGCGGCCAUGGAUGUGUCGAGGGAGUUCUUCAGCAAGCUGCGCGCCCUCGCCACGGCGCUGGAGAAGGAGACGCAGCAGCUGGGGCGGGCCCUGCGCGAGGAGGGCACGGGCAGCAAAACGCAUUUGCGGGGCGAGUUCUCCCCUUGUGCUGAUAGCUCGAUCUUCUAACUGGAUUUAUCGCUGUGCUGUAAGACUUCAAACAGAGCUGCAUUGUCAAAACAGGGAGUAUUUCCAAGUCUGCCUUCUAGAUCCAGAUCUGGCCUUCCGUCAGCAUCAAGCUUUGAGCUACAGUCUCUCCAUACACUUGUUUGUACACAAUUACCUAGUCUUGUCACAUAGCAGGCGUCCGCUUUUACACUAUUUGCAUUAACCUUGAUUUCCAGUGAAAGAAGUAAUGACAGCUGCACAAAUAAGUGAACAAUGCUAACACCUAUCCAUGUGCAAAUAAGGCAGAAUUCAGGUUUUUGUUCAUGUAUGUUUUUCAGUGGUGUCUUUUUUCAAAUUUUAUUAUUUCAAGUUCGAGCUCUUUAAGGAUAAAAACUUGGCCUAAGUAAUCAUUGACAGCCCAGGGACCUACCUAUUGUGCCAACAUCUGCUAUACAUUAAUUUCUACAGUGCUGCAACAGUAAAAUGGAAGCCUGUACAGUUUCUCCGUGUAGCUUAACAUACUAUGCAAAUAGCAGUCUCAUGCCAUGCAAGGCACCCUAUAUGAACUAGUUUGUCUUUUGGUUUCCUCUGUCUUGACUCUCUCUUAACAUAUGUCUCCAGCAUCUCUAAUACAGGAGAUUAUGUUCUGAUGUAGAAUGUAUUUGCAUGCUAAAAUAUCAAUAGCCCUUUUUUUGUUCUAAACCCUUUUAUGUGAACAUGCGUAUCAAAGACUAUGAAGAUGAAUCGCCAAUAAGACUCUUCAGUGACCUCUGUUGUGAAAUCGAGACUUUGAAGGAAGAUGUUAAUGCCAGUCUUAAUAAGAGUUGCUCUGAAAAGCAAACAAUUCAUGAGUUUAUGAAGGCAAGUGAAAUACUGAUGGAAAGAAAUGCAGCAGAUCUUGAAAAAAUAAGAGAGCUGUUCCAGAAAUACAGCUACAAAACAUGUCUCGAAGACUCUACAGAAGAGGAAGAAGUAGUUAACAGUGAUUCGCCAGUGUCUGUCCAGAAGGAAUCUGGUGAAGAAAAAGCAGAUGAUGUACCUCAUCUUCCUGCUUGUACUGUGACGUCAAUGGUGCCCAAAGACCCACUGCAGACCCCCCAGCUUUCUGAUUUUGGUCUUUCGCAAUAUGCUUUCUCCAAACCUUGGAUUGCAGUGAAAGAACAACAUGCAACAAGUGCACAUCAAGAAAAUUCAAAGAACAGGACCCCACUAAAACCACAGACCACCUAUGUUUUGCCCAAAACCCCAAAAUGUAUGCUGAAGAUGGACGAUUAUGAGUGUGUGACACCAAAACUUGAACACUUUGGCAUUAGUAAACAUACCACAUGUAUGAAUGAGGAUUAUACAAUGUCACUUAUUCGCAAGAUUCCUCAGACAAGCAAGAAGUUGUUUGAAGAAGAUGAUCUUAAAGUCAAUGUACCAGAAAUUAUAUCCAGGGAGAUCAUGGUUACUCCUAGGCCAAAAUCAAAUGUGACAGCUGAGAAUGCAGCUGGCUGGCUGGCUUCUCCUAUGAUGCUAGAGUUCUGUACUCCUGAUGUGCAAAUCUGUUCCAGAAAAAAUACUAUAGUAUCAGCAAGGUCACCAAAGACAAACAAACUAUCUCCUCCCAGUCAUACAGGAACACCAGAGUUGCCAGAUUUUGAAACAAGAUGGCUAAAAACAGAAGCUAAGCAGGUAAAGCAGGGAGGAAAGAAUGAGUCAGUGACAAAGGAUGACACAACAGAUAAACAACACAUAGAAGAUAGCAUUCCUUUUCUUGUGACCUCUGAUGAGUAUCUUAAAGAUUUUGAAGACCCUUCUCCUCCCAAAAUAAAAAACUAUGAUGACCAGUUACUCAGUACUCCUCCAUCUCCAGAAAUAACAAGGAUACCGGAUGAUAUUCUACAGAUUCUGUCCAAGUAUAAUAAAAAAGUAGAUUCUCCUAAAGCCAAGGAAAUGGAGACGAAGGCAGCAAAUGCUACAAGAUCUGAAAGUGAUUUUAGUAAUGACUGCCACAAAGAGAACAGAGGAUAUCCUGGAUAUGUCAAGCCAAAUACCUGAAAUCAAGCUGAAGACCAUGUUGAGACUGCUUGAUAUUCAUGGAUCUUAUCACUGAAUUGUAACAAGGUUGAAAAACAAAAUAUUAUAUUGGUGGGAGGAAAGAAGCAUGCAAAGGACAAGCUUUAUUUAAUGGAGAAAAAUUUUCCAUUAUGUGAAUGAACUUGAACUAACAACUUGUGCGUAUUUUUUUAAUUGAUAUUAUUGGCAAAAUGUAUUGAGGGGUUUUGAAUAUAUUUAUGUGCUUCAAAGAGGACCGGGGUUGUGUAUGAGGUAGCACUUCAGUUGUUUCAUCUGAUUCUCAUGUUGGUUGUGUAUGUUUGUGUUUGCAGUAGGCUGUAGAGAAGUGUAGUUUUGCUGCAAGGGGCCGAGUCCAGUACAUUGCCCCAGAAAGCAGGUAUCUCUGGCUGUUCUGGUGAUGCUGCACAUCAUUCCAGGGCUGAGUCUGAAGUGCAGUACUUCAACAGUAUUUGGUAUCUUAAACAGAAAGAAGUCCUUUUCUUUACUGGAAGAGUAACUCCUGCUUUACUGUUUAUCUUCAACUGCUGGAAAGAUUUGCUGGCGGGCAUGUAGGUGACUGCUUAUUCUCCUGCUCUGCUGCCAUGUGUGCAUUCUGUAAGUGAUAGUGUCACUUCUAAACAUGCACGUCUAUCCCCAUAACAGCUAACCAAGCUUAAGUUCUCAGGGGUGUUUGACUCUUUUUGUAGCAUCUGGUAGUCAUAGUAAUUAGGAUUUUUUUUUUUUCGACCAGAGAUUUUACUUUUGUCCACAAGAAAUCCCAGCUUAUCCUUGUUUGGAGCCAGUUUGCUGUUUCCAGUGUCAGCUAUUUCUCUGAGUAAUUCCAGGACUGCUCUUACCAUAUGUAUAUGUUCUUCCUGUUGAUGGCUAAAAUUUUGUCAUUUAUAUGAGGACAGGCAUGCAAUACAUGAAAAGGGAGAGACUGUCCCAGGAGCUGGGGAGGAAGUGUAUGCUGUUCUGAACUUUCUAAACACAGCUCCAGUUUUGUGGUUGUUUUUUUUUUUUUUAAGUUCUCAGGAUAUGCAAACGUCUAGAGAUGCCUGGAAGUAUUUCUCCAGUUGCUUAGAUGGAUAUGUGGCUAAAAUCUUUUUCCUGCUAUUCUAGUAAUUCUCCAGGAUAAGCAUACAUCAAAUUAACUGGAGAAGCUGAUUUUUUUUACUAGUUCCAGACUCAGCACACUGUCAUUUUUCUGUGCUAACUUCUAUUUAUGUAUUAUUAUAUGUCAGUCUUUGAGCUUGAUUGACACUUUUGAAUAAUAAAUGAAUCUGUCUCAGGUGCUUGGUGGCUGCUAUAAAACCACUUGUUCUACUCUGCUCCUUCAGAGAGUGAAGGCCAGACCUGCUUCCAGCAUCUUCACAGACUAAAACCAUUUAAUGGGCUGGAUGCUAGUCUUGGAAUGUGGUGGUCUUAAAAAGGUAAAAAGUAUCUGCUGCAGAGCCAGACUGAUCUACCAGAAGUAAGCAGGGGUUUCACAUUCUGCAUUCUCCCUUCACAGCACUUCAUGGCUACUUUCUUGCCCUGAAGCAAGUUAGAUUUCCCGAAGGACCCCAUUUAACAUGAAAUGGAACAAGCAGCACUACUGUCCUGGACCUGGCUGUAUUCCCUCCUGCCUUCACCUAAGGAUAUUCCCAAAAGUGCUUAUACAUGUCGUUUCCCUACACUUGAGAAAACUCUCUGCUCCCCUGCCCUAUGCAGAGUUGAACCCAGCAGUGCUGGGGUUCUCACAGUAAGCCACUUGCAUAGUUUUUCUUGCCUGUUAAAAAAUAAUUUUUGCUACAUUUUGUAGCUAUUUCAUUAACUAAUGUUAAAGGGAUUCAAUUACUAUUUUGAAAUACAGAUUAUCUUCAGGAUGACAAUUGAAGUCUUAAAAUCUUCUGGUCUACUCAAGCUAUUAUGACAUGCUGGCGUGAGACUUUUUGGAGUCUAGAAACAAAGUUUUACUAGUUAGUUUUGCUUUUCUUGCCUGCAAUGUUAUCCUAAUACAGGUAACACUGCUCUUUGUACUUAUAUUCUUCUUUAUAGUAGGACCAUUGCUGUGAUGGCAGAUAAUUAUCAGAGCAGCAAAACAAAAACUAGUUUUAGUUUGUUGUGCUUUACUUUUGAAAACCUUUUAGGUUUCAGUAAGGCCUAAGGAGUAGUUUGAGUAUUGGAGGUGAGGGAGGGAAAAGUUGGCGUAAGUAAAAGCGUAACAGUGUUGGAAAAUGAUCUGUGUUCAAAAUAAACUAGGGAGGGAGA